GCUAAACUAAGCUGAAAUACGCAGGCUAAGCCAAGAACCCUAAUCCGUUGCGGUAGUCAAGCAGCCCGUCACUCAACGGCAAACCACACCACCUACUAGCCUACUACUACUACUACCGUCCAUCCAGUGGUUGCAUCAACAAAGGCACUAGUAUCAAUGCACUGACGAACGCUACUGCUACUUCAAGGCAGAGGGAGAGGGGAGCCUCUGCCUGGGCGGGAAGGGAGCAGCGCCGGCCGAGCGCCAUUGACGCGGAUCGGUGACCUUUAGCUCAACACGUCGAGGAGAUCUCUCUGUGUCGCUUCUCGCAACAAUGUUGAUAGAUGAAACCUGCAUACCGUGCUAGCCGACAAAGGAGAACCACAUUGUGAUCUUCCGAACAGUUGAUGGUUAUGGACCGCGCCAGUUGGCUCUGGAGGCGCAAGUCAUCGGAUAAUAGUCCUGGGGCAAGCGAGAGCUCUGUGCCCGUGUCAUCGCAGUCUGGACGCGGCCGCGGUGAUCAGGAGGCUUUGAGGCCUGUCUCAAACAAUGCUUCCGCACAUCAUGGCCAAUCACCCGGAGUCUCUUCAAGGAUUAGGCAUGAUGACAGCCAAGAAACUGGAGUACCAAAAUCCUUGAAUGAGAAACUAGCAUCAAGAGUUGAUUUAAAUGAUUUUUCUCCACAGCAUGGCCAGUCAAUAGAAUCAUACACAUCCUCAAAUGUCAGAGAUGAAGAGAACAAGGAAACCGUGAAGAGUUUAAAUGAGAAACUUGCUGCUGCACUUUUGACUAUCAGUGAUAAAGAGGAUCUGGUUAAGCAGCAUGCUAAAGUCACAGAAGAGGCUGUUGCAGGUUGGGAACAAGCUGAAGUUGAAGCUACUGCCAUCAAAAAGCUGCUUGAAGCUGCUUCCCAGAGGAAUGUUUAUCUAGAGAGUCAAGUAAACCACCUAGAUAAGGCUCUCAAGGAAUGUGUCAGGCAGCUGCGCCUGGCACGGGAAGAACAAGAGGAGAAAAUACGGGAUGCACUUACCAAGACAUCUCUGGAGUUGGAGUCUGAGAACUCUAAGCUCCGGAACCAUAUUGCUGAGCUGAAGAAGCAGCUGGAAGCAACCAAAUCAGAAGCCUCCUUGUCUGUACAGCCAGAUCUAUACGAAAAGCUUCAGACAAUGGAGAAAGAGAACUUGGAUCUCAAGGCCAAGCUCCUUGUACAGUCCAAGGAUCUGAAGAUACUCUCAUUGGAAAAAGACUUGAGCAAUCAAGCAGCAGAGACAGCUAGCAAACAGCACUUGGAAAGUGCAAAAAAGAUUGCCAGGGUUGAGGCUGAAUGCCGAAGGUUAUAUCAUCUCACACAGAAAACAGCACUGGUCAAUGAUUGUAGACCUCUGCCAAGCAAUGCAUGUGUGGAAUCACUAACUGAUAGCCACUCUGACAGUGCAGAACGUAUGGUUGCUGUUGACAGCGAGUUGCGAAAUUCUGACUCAUGGGCAUCUGCUCUGAUUUCCGAGCUUGAUCAGUUCAGGAAUGGGAAGGCUAGUGCAAGAAAUACUACGAAUAAUCCUGUUGAGAUCGACCUAAUGGAUGAUUUCCUCGAGAUGGAAAGGUUAGCUGCAGUGCAUGAAUCAGACCAGACAAGCUCUACCUUUGAUAUGGAGACAGAUUCCGAUAAGGCUGUGACGAGAAACAACUCCUUUAAAAUAGAAAAUGAAGAAUUGCGGAAUCAUGUGGCAGAUUUGCAUUCAAAGGUUGAAAUAGUUGAAAGCGAGAAGACGGAGCUUGAGAUGGCCUUAAUAGAUGCUAGAAAUCAGCUUGACAUCUCCUGUGAUGCACUGGUGGCAGCAAGGAACAGGCUUGUUGAAAUGCAAAUGCAGUUGGAUUCGGCAAAUGACUCAAAAUAUAUUGCUCUGGGAGAUGUGGACCGAUUGGAAGAAGAGAAGAAGGCUUUGGAGUCUCAGCUGGAGUCCAAAUCUGUAGAAGCUGAGGAGCUACAUGCGGUUGUCGCUUCAUUGGGAGAAAAUGUGGAAAAGAAGGAAUCUGAGACACAAUUAGAAUUGGUGUCAGCAGAGGCUGCACAACUUCGGGUGACACUGGCAUCAUUGCAAAAGAGGAUUGAAACCGAGAAGGCUCUUUCUGUGCAGUACAAAGCAAAAUUAGAUGCUGCAUGCAAUGUUAAAGAAUCAUUGGAGAUACAGCUGUAUUCAGCAAAUGCUGAAGUACAGAAACUGUGUGACGUAGUCGUAGCAUUAGAGAAGGACAUCGAAAAAGAGAAGGUACUGCACGAAGAACUCACAACACAAUUGGCGGGGAAGAUUGAAGCAGCUGUCGAGGCUGUUAAAAAACCAUUGGAGGCACAGCUGUGUUCAGCAAACACUGAAGUAGAGAAACUGCGUGGCAUUGUCGAAGCAUUAGAGACUGAGAUAGAAAAGGAGAAGACACAGCAUGAAGAACUGACAGCACAGUUAGAGAUGAAGAUUGAAGCACAGAGAACUCAUUCUGAGGUUGUUAAGGAAUCAUUUGAGGCACAGUUAUGUUCAGCAAAUAGUGAAGUAGCGAAGCUAUGUGACAUUGUCAAAGCACUAGAAAGCGAGUUGGAAAAGGUGAAGGCAUUACAUGAAGCAGAGAAAUCUCAUUCUGUGGAGUCUAUUAAAGAAUCACUGGAGGCAGAGCUCCAGUUAGUCAACUCUGAAGUUGUGAAACUGCGUGAUAUGGUGACUGCGCUUGAGCAUGAUGUAGUAAAGGAAAAGGAGUUUUCUGAAGAGCUACAGAUGCAGCUAGAAGCUCUAGAGGCCAUAAAAAGGGUGUUGGAGUCGGAGGUUGAAUCUGCGCAACGGGAUGCCCAAACGCUUAAUGAGAAGGUGGAGUUGUUCCAAGUGAAACUGAAGCAACAGAUAACUUCAGCAGCGGAGCUCACUGCCAAGGAAGAGGCUGUACAGUCAGAGAGAAUGUCAAUGGAGCAUCAACUUGAAGCAUCAAAGGUCAAUGUUGUAAAACUGACAAACAUGGUGAGCUUGCUCCAAGGGGAGAUUGUGCAGGAGAGGUUGCUGUCAGAGGAUUAUGAACAGAAAUGCCGAAAGCUGGAGGCUCAGUUGUCAAGGGAUAUUCGAGACGCGAAGCUCUGGAGGCUUGUGAACUCAAAUGGAGAUCUGAAGACCAAACAGGAGAAGGAGCUUGCUAACGCAGCUGGGAAGCUUGUGGAGUGCCAGAAGACCAUCGCUUCUCUUGGACGUCAACUGAAAUCACUAACGGAACUUGACAACGUGGUGCUGGAGCCUGAACUACUGCUGGAAUCCAGGGACGGACCACUAGAUUUCAGAACCACUGAUCCUGACCACCUUCAAAAAAGAAACACUGGUGCUGACUUUGCGGUCUUCGAUGACGAGCUAUAUGAUCCUAACCACCUUCCGAAAAGGAACACUGGUGCCGACUUUACGGUCUUCGAUGACGAGCUAUAUGAUUCUAACCACCUUCAGAAAAGGAACACUGGUUCUGACUUUGCGGUCUUCGCCGACGAGCUAUAUGAUCUUGACCUUCCGAAUGGCGGUGUGACCUGCUUUUCACCACUCCCAUCGAUUCGACCCGCAUCUCCCCCUCCCUCGGAAAUGUCGGUCUUUGCAGGAGGGCUGUCGUCGCUUAGUAGCUACAGGACCAAGAGAAGAAAGUAAGAGCUGAAGGAAUAUUAGAUUAUCAAGAUUGUCACUAACAGUUCAUGGACAACUCUCAUCCGAGCAAGACAAGAAAGCAGAGAUUGUCUGGAUUGCGCUGCUAACAGUUCGUUGAUGCUAUCAUCUGUAGAGGUUGUAGAUCAGUGUACAUUUACAGAAGCUAAUUGUUAGAUCUGUGUACUGAAAUUCCAUAUUAGCAAGCUCCGUUUUUUUACAGCCUGCUUGAUGAAGUCUUUACUGUAUGGGUGGUUAGCUGUUUGCUUCAAUAUGUAAACUCGGUAUCAGCGUGAGAGUACAGAUAUACUAAUGGUUUGGUAAAUUUGGACUAAAGCUGACACUUAUUAUGGAUCAGAGGGAGUAUGUUUUUA